GCCAGGUUCUGCCCGAUCAGCGCAAAUGUCAUUAAAACGAAUCCAGAGGGAGCUGGUAGAUCUUGAGCGUCACCCGCCAUCUUCCUGUUCUGCAGGGCCAAUCAGUGACGACUUAUUCAAUUGGCAGGCGACAAUUUUGGGACCGACAGACAGUCCGUACGAGGGAGGUGUCUUCUUACUCUCAAUUCGUUUCCCUACCGAUUACCCUUUUAAGCCUCCGGUGAUACGGUUUACCACUCGCAUAUAUCACCCAAAUAUCUCCACAGACGGGCGAAUUUUUAUGUGUCACUACCACGACGGGAUCCUUAAUACCCUCUGGAGCCCAUCCCUUACAGUUUCGUCGGUUCUUAUGUCCAUAUCAAUGUGCAUGGCGGAUCCGGACCCAGACUGUCCCAUCCAGAGAGAAAUCGCCCAAGUCUAUAAAACUAAUCGGGCGUGUUUUCAGGCAACAGCUCAAGAGUGGACAAGAAAAUAUGCUGUAUAA